GACGUUUCUGAUGCAGAUUAGCAAAAUGAGAGAGGAAGGGAGCAACAGAAAGUUAAAUAUCUCCCAAACAAAUGUGCCAGGCUGUCUGCUGCGAUCGGACUGCAGCCAUGCAUAGUUCAGCUGAAAUUCUGUCGGGACACUUACAGAGAGUUGUUUGCAGAAUCUUAGUUGUGCUUCGUCUGGAAAACUGGUUUAUUCGCGCCGUUCUCAUCCCAUGCAACCCUUACCAACCAUGGCAAGGCUGCGGAGGAAGGUUUGCGUUGCCCUGUUUCUGUUCACCCUCUUCAUUUUCGGGUCUCUGAUGGGACUGAGGACCCUGAAGCCUACUGACGGAUUCUCGGAUCUGGCUCCUGGCUUGGAGCUCCUGCCGAUCUUAGGAGGGAGGAUGUCCCGGGAAGCCACCGCGUCCCCAGUCCAAGCCCGCCCGCAAGGGGGAAACGCAAAAGCGGUUCUGUCCAACUCCGGUCCAGAGGGGACAAUAUUCUACGACGUUCACAUAUUUUACUACACUUGGUACGGAAGCCCUCACAUGGACGGGAAAUACAUCCACUGGGACCACAUCCUGGUCCCCCACUGGGACCCCAAGGUCGCAUCCAGCUACCCGAGAGGAAAACACAUGCCGCCCGAGGACAUCGCCUCCAGUUUCUACCCGGAGCUGAAUUCGUACAGCUCCCGGGAUCCGGACGUGUUGGAGUCCCACAUGGAGCAGAUCGGAGCCUCCGCGGCAGGGGUUCUGGUGCUGUCUUGGUAUCCUCCCGGCCUCGCUGACGACAACGGGGAACCCGCUGAGGAUUUGGUGCCAGCUGUACUGGAUGCUGCAUACAGACACAGCCUGAAGGUCGCAUUUCAGAUCCAACCCUACAGAGGAAGAAAUGACCAGACUUUGCACGACAACAUCAAGUACAUAAUUGACAGGUACGGUGAUCAUGGGGCCUUCUACAAGUUCACCUCCAGCACAGGGAAGAGUCUUCCUCUCUUCUACAUCUAUGACUCCUAUCUGACUCCACCAGAGUCCUGGUCUGAAUUUUUGACUCCCACCGGCUCCCACAGUGUGCGCGGCUCCCCGUACGACUCCAUGUUCAUCGCUCUGAUUGUCGAGGAGCGUCACAAGCAUGACAUCCUGGCAGGUGGCUUCGACGGCAUGUACACUUUCUUCGCCUCCAACGGCUUCUCCUUCGGCUCCUCCCACCAGAACUGGAAGGCCAUUAAGGCCUUCUGUGACGGGAACAACCUCCUCUUCAUCCCCAGCGUCGGACCCGGUUACAUCGACACCAGCAUUCGACCGUGGAACAACCACAACACUCGCAACAGGGUGAACGGCCGCUACUACGAGACGGCUCUGCAGGCGGCACUCAACGUGAGGCCGGAGAUCGUCACCAUCACGUCUUUUAACGAAUGGCACGAAGGGACGCAGAUAGAGAGGGCCAUGCCUAAGAAAACCGUGACUCGUGUGUACUUGGACUAUCAGCCGCACGGACCUGAACAUUAUCUGGAACUGACCCGCCGCUGGGCCGAGCAGUUCAAUAAAGAGAAGCAGCAGUGGCUGAUGUGAGCUUUAAACAGAAUAAUGCUCCACAGUAUCAGAGUGAUCAAAGUGGCAACAAGUGUUAAUUUUUGCAACUAAAACACAGUGUUCCGGGUCUUUUGGGAAAACGCCGAGAGACAUUUUUUGCUGAAUACUCAAUAGUCCAGGACUCUGAAAUGGGCCUGUCUUAUUUGUUCUCGUGCCUCUUAACCAAAAGCAAAAUGUGAAGUCUAUCUCUACGGUAUACAGUUUUUCUCUCAUCACUAAAAGGAUUUUAAAUGAGUUGACUGAGAUUGUUUUUUUGUUUGUGCAUGACUUGAUUUGUAUCAAUUCUCUUAGACUAAGGUGUGGAGUUGAACAUUUACUUGAAAAUUAUAUAGAAAACAAAUCACAUUUAUAUAAUAAGCUGGUAAAAAAAUCUAAAUUAAGAGCAUUCUUAGCCUUUAUGUGGAGUAACCAUACAAUAUAAAACUUUAAUAAUAAAAAAAAAGACAAAAAUCAUAUUCACAAGCUUUGGUUUAUGUCAAUCCACAAAGGAUCAAAUGCACCCUUACAGAUAUUGUCCCAUAGCAUCUCCAUUAUGUGCUUCGUGGAGUCUUCAGGAAGGUUACUUAACCUGUGGCAGAAAUUAUUUAAAUUGGUUGGUUUCCUGACACUGAUCUGGCUAUUGAGCCUAGUCCAAGUGAGCAAAAAUGUGGCCUGAAAAAUUAUGUGCUGCUCUGAACUGCAGCGACACAGCACAGUUGAUUAAAGUGGAUUGGCAUUAAAAAAAAAAAAAAAAAGUUUUAGGAGCAGAUUUUCACUGAUAAAUAGAAAUCUUCUUUAAAUUGAGAAUGUUGAGUACAAUACAAAUUAUUUAUAUUUGAUCAAAAACUUGAUAGUAUUUCUCAUUAGAAAUAUAUAAUUUAUGGCUCACAUGAGUCAAUAUGAGACUAUGGCUAACAUUUGAACACUGUACAGUGUUGAGGGGUGACAUCAUCAUGGUGUGGGUUUUACUUCCAGACGCAUAGAAAAGUGAAAAAGGACUUCUUUCAAAUUCUUGAAUUUCACCUCAGCUUAACAGAUAGAAGACUGAAACUUGGACAUAAUGGGGUAUCCCAACAGGGUAAAUGAUCCUGAACACAUAAAAAACCUGUAUUGGGAGGCACAAAGCAGAUCAGGGAGUAGCCAUUUCAACAAGGACCUCAGUAUUGUUAAAAAAACGAUGUGUUGACUUUGUGCCAGGAAACCAAUCACAUUAAAUAAACCCUAAUUCUGCCAAGAAAAGUGGUGAAACACUCCACUACAGUUAUGCCAAGAGAAUGUCGAUGGCUACUAAACAUAGCUGGACGGACAGUUUUUCUAAUAUUAGUGUGCAUGUAAGAAAGAAAUGUUUUAAUUAUUGGAGAUCAUCUCUGCCACCACUCAUGUAUGACGACUGAGAGGUAAUUCACCUCGAUUCCACAUCACUUCUGGUUUUUCUUCAUGUUAGCAGAGAGACCUGCUGCCCUGCAUUUACCUGAUGGUUUUCUUUUCCACCAAAACAGAUAAAUAGGUGAAUUGAUCAGCAGUUUCUGCUGAAUGCAGACAGCGACACUAAUCAACCUGGAUUGGAGGUGACAUAACACAAGAAUAUCAUCAUCAGUUCAAUUCAAAUUCAAAAACACUUCAUUCAUCACCGAGGGUAAUUUAAUUGUUCCUCGGGUAAGUAAAGCUCAGUUAAAGUGUGAUUUCACCAAAACAUCUAUAAAUAUUUUUAUCUUCUAUUCAAGAAAAGAAAAAGAUGCACAAGACUAACAGUGCCUUUUACUUAGCAAAAGGAAAUUUAGUAGCUUAUCAGUGUUAAAGGGUUUUUUGCAAAAGAAAAAAAAAAUUGGCCAAGGACUUUGUUAUCUGUUAAAGGGAAUCUUUCUGAAUCAGCUGUUUGGGCCAACUUUAGUUUGGCUCUUUAGUGUAUUGUUGACUGAUUUUCCACAAGGACAUCAUCAUCUACACCUGAUGUAUGUAACACCUUCUUGUGAACUUUUAAAGUAAUCAUGAGUAAUGUACCUCCAGAUUGUCUAAAGGCCUUUCAUACUUUUAGUUUACAUGUUUUUAACUCAUACACUCCAGAAGGUUUGGCUGUUUACGGUUGAAACACUAAACUCUGUCCUAAAAAUCCCUCUGGAAUAAAAUUCCUCUUAACACAUUAA